AAGAAGAAGAAGAAGAAGAAGAAACUCAGAUUGGACAAAGUCAUGUCUGCAGGACGAAUGCGGUGCACGCGCAGACUCAGAGCCUGGAUAGUCGAGCAGGUCAGCAGUGGAAAAUAUCCCGGCCUGGUUUGGGACGACGAGGCUAAAACUAUGUUCCGUAUCCCGUGGAAACACGCGGGGAAGCAGGACUUCAGAAAAGACGAAGACGCCGCCAUCUUUAAGGCGUGGGCGGAGUUUAAAGGGAAGCUGACAGAUGGUAGCCAGGAUAGCCCCGCCUCCUGGAAGACACGCCUACGCUGUGCGCUCAACAAGAGUCCGGAGUUUACAGAAGUGAUGGAGCGAGCUCAGCUGGACAUUUCUGAGCCGUACAAGGUUUAUCGUCUGGUUCCUGUCAGUGAGCAGGGUUUGUUACUCCCAGAGAAGAAGAGCAGAGAGAAAAGUGUGAGGAAGUCGAGGAGGAAGAGGAGGAGGAGCAGUAGCAGCAGCGAGUCAGAGAGCGACGACGUGAGUCAAGUCAAGCAGAUAAAGACGGAGGAGGUUUCGUCUCAGACGUGUGUGGAUGAAACUCUGCUGCAGAGCAACGUCACCGUGCAGACCGAGGAGCCCGUUCUCCACAGCACCACCGUCAUCCAGAGAGACGCGGUGGACGAGAUCAGACUGGACGUGCGAAUUGAGGAGAACGUCCCUGUCCAACAAGACGGCCAGGACUCCUUCAGUGUGGUGGUUCACUACUUAGGGCAAGAAGUCCUCAAGCGUCACAUACAAGGAACAGACGUGAGGAUCAAGUACCUUGCGUCUUCGCUCGUCCCCCCGACGCCGGCUGUCCUGAAGGACAGGUUUCCACGCAUCAACCUGCCCGAGCCUCCGUCCUCGCUGCCGGCCGGCGAGGAGCUGCAAGGCCUGCUCACGCUGCUGCCCUUCAUGGAGAAAGGAGUGGUGCUGACCUCCAUGCAGAAGGGCGUGUACGCCAAGAGGUACUGCCAGGGGCGGGUCUUCUGGACGGGGCCACACACGACCGCGCCGGGUCUGCACAAGAUGGAGAGAAACAACGAGCCGGUGCUGCUGUUCAGCAGAGACGUCUUCAAACAACACCUGGAUCAUUACUGUGCUCAUGGUGGCGAGCCUCCGCAGUGCGGUGUCACUCUGUGUUUUGGAGAAGAACUGUGCAACGACGAGGACCCGUCCAAGAAACUCAUCAUUGUUCAGAUCACGUUUCCGUGGGCGGAGCUUCAGGUGACACAAGCCCAGUCCAUCUUCCAGUCCAUCGAGUUCCUGCAGACUCUGGCCAGUCAGUCUCCACUUGGGGAAAUCACGCUGAACCUGGUCGCGGUGUCGCCGCAGACGGCGGACUCAGUCAUCAGCUGAGGGACUAAACUCCACCCACCACCACCAUCCAGUGAAAACAGGGACAGUCUUACAGAUGAGCUGAUACCAGACUCUGGAUCAGUAUCAGUCCAAUAAGUGCCCAAAAAAAUCCCAAAUUAUGGACAAGCCAAUAUGUUACCUUACUGACCAAAAUCACCAACUAUGAGCCGAUAAAAUAGUCUGAUAAAAUUACAACUUAGUGACUGAUGAGCCGAUAUGAUGAUCGGUAUCGGUCUGAUACUGGCCAAAAUCUCCGAUGACAGAGGAGCUACUACGAUAAGGCCGUGUCCUAGUAGCAUUAUUGGCCCAAUACUGGCCAAAAUCACAGAUUGAGAUCGAGUCAGUAUGAUAUUCGGGACCAUUAUUGGCCCAAUGCUGGCCAAAAUCUACUACGAUACUCAAUAUUGGUAUCAGUCCAAUGUUGGCUAAGAUCUCCGAUUAAGGACAAGCAGAUACGAUACUUGCUACCACUAUUGGUCCGAUACAAUUCAAAAUCACUUUUUUAAAAUGAGCCAUUAUGCUAGUGAAUUUUGAUAUUGGUCCAAUAUUGGGCAAAAUCUCCAAUUAAGGAUGAGUCGAAAUCACUGAAAAGAAUUGGGAUCAUACAAUCCCAGAUAUUGGCAUCAGUAUCGUUCUACUACAAUCCUACGAUAUCGUUCUGCUGCUGAAGAAAAUACUUCAAGUACAAGACGCAUCGUUUUUUCAAAACGGCUGUUUCGUUUAAAAGGACCACAUCGGAGUAAUAUCGGUAUCUGUUAUCGGACAUAAAAACGUGGUAUGGAUCUUCCUCGCUCAUCUUCGAUGUUCGUCAUGUGACAAAUCAUCUUGACUAAGUUUGAAAUAGACGUUAUGUAGUUUGUGAGGUUGUCAUUUAUGCGUUUAGAAAAUGUUCAGCACUAAAGAAAUGGGAAAAAAAAAAAAAGACGUUAAAGAGCUCACAAAGUGAACUUCCUGUUUCCUGGAAGUGGAUUUAUCUUUCGGGGCGGACUCUGACGUCGUUGGUGUUUGAUUCUGAGACACUACAUGAAAAACAAACACUGAGGCAUUGUCGACAAAAUAAUGUAAAAUAAUGAAUGUUUCAGCACUAUAGAAACCUUUAACUGUUCAAAUACUCAUGAAAAAAUCUAUCAAACACAUCAUUAAGUUAUAGCUGCAAUAAAAAACAUAGUAUUUCAGUAUAACCUCAAAAAAAACUAGCAUCUUAAGAGUUUUAUCCUAUAAUCAAUACUUCUUCAUAUAUUCACAUCUGGGGCUGCAACUGUUACUAUUCACUUAUUCAUUACUCAUAUUACUUUUGAUUAUUGAGGCAGUUUUGUUGGAUUCAGACUGGUUUCUGAGUUUUCAGAUUUUUAAAUAUGAAUAAAAUCAGAUUUAUUUUUAAACAGUAACUCAUUGAGGCGUCAAGCUCUUCAGUUGCAGCUCUGCUCACACAUCUCUAAACCCACCUGUCAGAAAUUAAACAUUUCAUGAUAUUUAUAUGCAUCAGAAAGUCAUUUUUUGCAGAUUUCCUGCCAAGUACAAGCUAAAUUUUAGUAAGUUAGUUGAUUUAGUUAAAAAAAAUUUGUUUUUAAGGAGUCGCACAUUAAUUGUGACAUUGUGAAUGUUUUCUCACUGUUGAAAAUUGUUCCAGGUGCGAGAUGGGGGGAGAGAAAGACAACAGACAUCACAGAUGUAGUUGUAAAUAUUCUUGUUAUUUAAGCGUGUUCUACGUACGUCAUAUCCAUGUUCAUUUGACAAAAUGCAUUAAAAAAUUAAAAGUG